AUGGACAUGCUCCCUUGGGUGUCAUGGCUCUUUGGCUGGGUUUACUUCACAUGCUGGAGCCUUUCAUUUUACCCACAGGCCAUGUUGAAUAACCAACGAAGGUCGACAACAGGGACCACAAUUGACUUUCCCCUAUCCAACUCUCUGGGGUUCUUCUCUUAUUUCAUCUACAACUAUUCUAUGUGCUACUCGCCCGUCAUCCGCAGCCAGUAUGCCGCGCGCAACCAUGGACUUGAGCCAACCACGCGGCUGAACGACGUCGUCUUUGCCCUCCACGGGUUCAUCCUCUCUUGCAUCACAACGAGUCAGUACAUUCCUGGUUUAUGGGGCGGGUUUGAACGCGCCCCCGUCAGCCAACGCCCGAGCCGCUGGAUGCUGGGCAUCAUCACCGGCUGCAUCGUAGGCGUCGCUGCCGUGUUCCUUUUCGUAGCCGGCAGGGAAGGCCCAGGCACGGACCCGGCGCGAGACUGGUGCUGGCUUGACGUUAUGUACGCCGUGAGCUACGUCAAGCUCAUCGUCACCCUCGUCAAGUACACGCCGCAGGUUAUAGUGAACCAUCGCAACAGGAGCACCAAGGGCUGGAGCAUCUCGCAGAUUGCCCUGGACUUCUCGGGCGGCCUCCUCAGCAUCGCGCAGCAGAGCAUAGACAGCUACCUGCUGCACGACUGGUCGGGCUUCACUGGCAACCCUGUCAAGCUGGGGCUUGCCAACGUAUCCAUGAUAUACGACAGCAUCUUCUUUGCGCAACACUACGUCCUCUACCCGUCGUCCGCGUCAGCUAAGGGUCCCGAGGCCGAGGGGCUUCUGGGGCGUGACGAGGAGGAAAGGAGGCUGGACUAG